AUGUCCGAGGUAAUUUAUGAUGAAGUGACCAGCCUCCAGAGUCUGGAAUUAGAUAGAGGAGAGAGAGUGGAGAUGAUGGUGGAUUUCUAUCAAGAUUUAGAUGCUGUAAGAAAUGAUGAAGUGAUGAUAAACACAAAGAGACAGCAAGAGCUUCAACAUACAGAAAAGAGACUACUAAUUCUCCAGAUCCAUAACUUAACCAAAGAAAGAGAUGAGCUACUUACAAACAAUACAAACCUGCUAAAUGAGAUAAACCAAUGUCAAAAAAAGCCCAGAAGUCUGUCCGAAGAACGAGGGCAGUUAAUUCAUGAAACAGAAGAAUGUAAGAAAUGGCUUACUGAACAAGAUCAGCGGUCUGAUAACUUUGAGUGGAUUUAUUACAACUUCAGUUGUUAUUACAUUUCAUCUGAGUGGAGAAACUGGAGUGACAGCAGACGAGACUGUGAACAGAGAGGAGCAGAUCUGGUGAUUAUAAACAACAAAGAGGAACAAGAGUUUGUGCAGAAGGCUACGGCUGGUUUUAAAUUUUGGAUUGGUCUGAGUAAAGAGAGAGGGGUGUGGAAAUGGGUUGAUGACACCACAUUGACAUUAAGUUUCUGGAUAAAUGGACACCCUGGAUCUUAUAAUCAUAGCUGUGCUGUAAUAACUACACCAGGGUGGACUGAUCAUACAUGUCAUAAGACACACAGAUGGAUCUGUGAGAAGAGAUUUUUACAGUGAAAUAAUCUCAUGAAGUAUUACACAAGCACCAGUUUGUUUAGUAAUUGUGUUUACUUAUUUAAUGUUUGUCGUUAUCCAGUAAAUUAUUGUAUAGAAUUAUUCUGCAAAGUCAAAUGUAUAUGUUUGGGGUGUUUCCUCUGAGGAGGCAGUGCCACCUCAAAAAAGUGAAUGAGAAAAUGAUCUACUGUUCAGAAAUAAAAGUAAAGAAAUAAAG